AUGUGCAAAAUUUACCAGUUUUUGUUACUGUUAACGUGUUUGACGACAGUCGUAAAAACGCAAUCGUUGAUACCGCAGAUAGUGUCACCAUCACAAAAUUUACCAACAUCAAACAGUUUACUCGGUAAUUCUGGAAAUAUUUUACCAACUGUUAUUCUACCAUACUGGAUGGGAACUGCAGAAAAUUGGUCGCCAUACAACACUGGACUUCUCAACAGCGGAUCUGCUCUCGGUAUCAAUGGCCUUAACGGUCUAAAUAACGGUAUUUGUCCGCCAGGAUGUUUACGGUGUGCCGUAUGUUUUCCAAGAAAUUCCGGAGCUUGUGGAUCACAGUGUAUGGGCUGUAGCAAUUGUGCAAAUCAGUUUAUGCCGAAUAAUCUGCCGAAUAUGUUUCCAUCGAUUAACAAUUUGAACUUUGGUUUACUAGGUGGAUCGCAAGGAUUAGUUCCGGUAGUCCAAGGAACCGGUUCGUUUUCACCCAUCAAUCAAGCCUCAGUUCCAUACUGUACCCCAAACUGUGGAGCAUCGUGUAACAACUGUAUUCCUACAGGUUAUCAGUGUUAUUAA